UAUGCCGUGAAGCUUGUUGCGGUGAGCUCCGACGUCACAGAUGUUUUGCAGGAAAAGGAUUGUUUUUUCUCUGUCGGGUGAAUUCCAAAGCAUGAGUUAGUGUUUACUACAGCUGUAAAAAGGGAAGGCAGAAGCGUAUACUGCUUCUGUCUGCUUUACAGCUGCCUCAAUGUCUUCUACAUGAGCACUUUGAACCCAGGUGACACCUACACAACAGUGUGACUUUUGGAAUUUGCAAAACUGCUGAUGGUGUUUGAAGUCAGGAUACACUUGUGAUUGAACUGUUAUUUCUCCUGUGGAUUUGUUUAUGGAAUCAGCAAGGACCUCAGUUAGGGUGACGUCUUUCUUCAGGUGGCGACAGACAAGGUAGCAGGCAAGCUGAGUUCGACUCUUUCAUGGGUGAAGAACUCAGUGUCGCAUACGGUGAGUCAGAUGGCUAGUCAGGUGGCGACGCCCUCUUCGCUGCACACCACUGUAGCUUCAUCCACUGCCUCACUGUCCUCGCCCUCCUCAGCCUCCCCGACCCAGCUCAGCCCAGAUGAUGUGGAGCUGUUGGCCAAACUAGAGGAGCAGAACAGGUUGUUGGAGACGGACAGUAAGUCUUUACGUUCUGUGAAUGGCUCUCGAAGGAACAGUGGCUCCUCACUGGUGUCUAGUUCAUCAGCCUCCUCCAACUUGUCACAUUUGGAGGAGGAUUCGUGGAUCCUUUGGGGACGCAUUGUCAAUGAGUGGGAAGAUGUGAGGAAGAAGAAGGAAAAGCAACUAAAGGAACUGGUUAGGAAAGGCAUUCCACAUCACUUCCGAGCAAUAGUGUGGCAGCUGUUGUGCAGUGCCCAGACUCUACCCAUAAAGGAGCAGUAUUCUGAGCUGCUGAAGAUGACCUCGCCUUGUGAAAAACUCAUCCGCAGGGACAUUGCCCGUACCUACCCCGAGCACGAGUUCUUUAAGGAAGACAGCCUGGGUCAGGAGGUGCUCUUUAAUGUUAUGAAGGCUUAUUCCCUGAUUGAUAGAGAGGUGGGCUACUGUCAGGGAAGUGCUUUCAUUGUCGGGCUUCUUCUAAUGCAGAUGCCAGAAGAAGAGGCUUUCUGUGUGUUUGUGAAACUGAUGCAGGAUUACAGGCUGAGAGAGCUCUUCAAACCCAGUAUGGCUGAACUUGGCCUCUGCAUGUACCAGUUUGAAUGUAUGAUUCAGGAGCAGCUCCCAGAGCUCCAUGUGCACUUCCAGGCCCAGAGUUUCCACACCUCCAUGUAUGCUUCAUCUUGGUUCCUCACCAUCUUUCUUACCUCUUUUCCUCUUCCUGUGGCCACCAGGAUCUUUGAUAUAUUCAUGUGUGAGGGUUUAGAGAUAGUGUUUCGUGUGGGGAUGGCCAUCCUGCAGAUGAAUCAGGCUGAGCUCAUGCAGUUGGACAUGGAGGGAAUGUUGCAGCACUUCCAGAAGGUCAUCCCGCACCAGCUGGAUAGUGGACCAGACAAAGUCAUCCAGGCUGCUUAUCAAGUCAAGUACAAUGCGAAGAAAAUGAAAAAAUUGGAAAAGGAGUACACUACAAUCAAAACCAAGGAGAUGGAGGAACAGGUGGAGAUCAAGAGACUGCGCACAGAGAACAGACUCCUGAAGCAGCGAAUAGACACUCUGGAGAAAGAAAGUGCUUCUUUGGCAGAUAGAUUGAUACAGGGUCAGGUGACACGAGCCCAAGAGGCAGAGGAGAACUACCUGGUCAAACGGGAGCUGGCCACGGUCAAACAACACAAUGAGGAGACCAGCGCACUGCUGGAGCAAGCGCAAAACAACAUCCGACAGCUCCAGCAACAGCAGCCGUUUGUGAAGGUGAACCCACGCUACUCUGAGGAGUUCAUCCUGCAGCUGGAGAGGGAACUGGUACAGGCCCGCCUUAAAGAGGCUGAGUCUCAGUGCGCAUUGAAGGAGAUGCAGGACAAGAUUCUCGACAUGGAGAAGAGAAACGCAUCCCUGCCAGAUGAGAAUAAUGUGGUGCGUCUUCAAGAAGAGCUAAUUGGUGUAAAGCUGAGGGAGGCAGAGGCUCUAACAGGCCUCAAAGAGCUUAGACAGCAGGUCAGAGACCUGGAGGAGCACUGGCAGAGCCAUCUUGCGCGCACGGCGGGCCGCUGGAAAGACAGUCCGAGGAAGAAUGCAGUGAGCGAGCUUCAGGAUGAGCUGAUGAGCGUGAGGCUCAGAGAGGCAGAGGCACAGGCUGAGCUUAGAGAAAUCAGACAGAGGAUGCUGGAACUGGAGACCCAGAAUCAGAUACAUGGUAAUCAACUGCGGCGUGCAGAACAAGAGGCACGAAAUCUACAGGAGCGACUGCAGGUUUUGACCAACCAGAACAAGAUGUUGCAUGCUGAGCUACAGGAGACGAAACGGAAACAGGCUGAAAUAGAGUGCAAGAACAAAGAAGAGGUAAUGGCAGUGAGAUUGAGAGAAGCUGACAAUAUUGCUGCCAUGGCUGAGCUUCAGCAGCAGAUCUCUGAGCUUGAGAUUCAGAAAGAGGAAGGAAAGGUCCAAGGUCAGCUCAACAACACAGACUCCAGCCAGUACAUCCGAGACCUCAAGGAUCAGAUAACAGAUCUCAAACAUGAGAUCCGGUGUUUAAGAGGGCAGCGGGGCUUACACGACCAACCCAGCUUUGAUGGGAUUCAUAUAGUCAAUCACUAUGGAGGGGACAAUGAAUCGUACCAGUCCUCUGAUGAAGACGGAGUGAAGCUGUCACCCCAGCUGACCAGACAUCAGGUUAGAGGCCGGAUCACACUACAUCCAAACCUGGAGGACUCAGAAAGUGAGGGUGAUGAGGAAGGAGAUGCCCUACGACUUAGUGUGCCUUCAAAUGUCAGCCAUAAGACAACAACAGUGUGAUCAUUUGGACUGGUGAGACAAACUGCCUUCAAAGGUCUGGGAAGGAGAGCAUGUUUGUAAGCUCAUCCUUUAAAUCUGCCUGCAGCGUUGAGCAUGGGACUCAAACUGGAGAACUUGAAAAGCCCUCGUUCAUCUUUACAAAUGGACUUAUGGAGUCAUAUCUUUCUUAAGGUCAUGGUUUACAUCUGCAUUUGUUUUGUUUUUGCCAAAAUGUGUCAGAUGUUUGUCCUGGCGCUAGUUUUUAAUUUUAGCCUCAAUAAGGACGACUAAUGGGCCGCUUUAGGCUCUUUGAGACCCUUGUAAUAAAAAUCAACAUUUUGUGGCAUGGGAAUCCUAAACCUUAAAAGGGGGUGUUUCUAAUACCCCACGAUUUUUUUUCACAUUACGAGAAGCUACUUUGUAUAGCGUAGUGUUUUAAGCAUUAAGAAUUUGCAUCGUCAUAGUUUAUUUUUUAAAUCAUCUUUUUUUUUUUUUUUUUUUUUUUUUUUUUUUUUUUUUUUUUUUUUUUUUUACAAUUAGACCAUGAGAAGCCAGUGAACACAUACCUUUUGAGGGAAAUGUAUUAUGGAACACUAUCAUCUUUAAAUGCACAUUAAACUGUUCCAUAUUAAUACAGUGGUGUCAUAUCUAAAGUUAGCAAGCCUUGUUUUCCUGGCAUGAAUUAUAUGAUUGGGUCUUGAACACAUGAAGUGUGGGUCAACAAACCAGCAUCUAUGUAAAUAUGUACAUGUUUAGAUUUUUUUCAUCUCCAUUAUUACUUGAAAAUAUGUAUUCAAUGGAUGUCAUGUCUAUAUUGUAAUGUAUUGUACAGUUAAGUUGAAAGGGACGUAUUACUGAAUUUGGGAGGUCUUUGGAGGCAACGACUUUUCCUGGCACAAUACUGUCCAGUAACUUUUUAUGUACGUAGUCAGUUCUCCAUUUCACAGAAUGGAGUUUUGUUUUUGGUGCCUGGGAAGAUUCAAUGAAAUUUUUGGUGAUUUUAUAAUAUUUUCAACGGUAUGUGGUAUGCUGAGUAUGUUACGAAUCAUGAAUUCCGGCUAACUGAUAGCACUCACAGCCAUUCAGAGCCAAUGAGAAUACAUGUACACGCACUGUCCAUCUGUAUUCAUACCAACUAGCUUCUGAAUCAGUUUGCAUUUUUGCACCGAUGAUAUGCAUAUCACUUCAUAACAUUGAAAAAUACUACUAUUCCCUGUUUAUGGCCGUAUAAUUAAUUGAGCUUCACUCUACAUUGUUGUUCUCCUCCAUGAGCUUGUAUGUCCCAGUGGUUUAUUCGAAGACUUUAGAAGUCAUCUUCAAGCAAAAGAAUGAAGUUAUUUCUUAUCAGUCUGCUAUUUAUGAUGUUAUGCUUGGCUGGAGAUGAAUAGCACCUGAGAACAAGCCUUGAAACCCAUCAUGAUGGAUGUUAAGUUGGUAAACUAUUUGCCCACCUUUUAAAAUGGCUAUUUCACCUACAAAAUAAAGACUUUGCAAAACAACCUUGCAAAGCACAAAACACUAAAGUAAUUAAGUAAAAACAUUAUUUAAUAUAAACUUAAACCUUACAAAAUCGAGUGAACUCCUGUGGAAUGCAUUAGAGGCUUUACAGACCGUUGACAAUGCAAGAUAGACCUAAGUGUCUUGAAGAUGAUGGACAUGUUGGACACAAAAUAAAAAUAUCACUUAAUAGUGGUCUACCAA